GCGUGAGGACGGCGGGGAAUGCUGCGAGAGGACGCGCCAGCGCCUCCUGUCACCCGCUCAAGCGCCAUGGCGUCCCACAGGGACAUGACGAUGGAGUGGGACAUGCUGCGCCAGGUGUGCUCGGUGUGUGGGAACCCGACAGAUCUCCAGUUGGCUGCAGAGCUCGGAAAAACCUUAUUGGAACGUAACAAAGAAUUGGAAACUAGUUUGAAGCAGCAUCAGAAUAUUAUAGAAGAUCAGACACAGGAAAUAGAACAACUGGAAGUCAGCAUUCAGGAUUUGGAGCGAACCAACCAAAGACUUGCUGUAGAAAAUACUGCUGAUAAGAAGCACAUAAAAAGUUUGUGUUUGACAAUUGAUUCUCUGGAAGCAAAAUGUGAGGAGUUACAGAGAUCCAUUGAUGAUUUGUCAGAGCAGCAAGAAAACCGGAAAAGAAUACAAGGAAAUGAGUCCUCGUUGAUCAUUCGUACUAGUGAUAGUACUGUUCAGAAUAACACAGAAUCUGAAAAGAACACACUAAAGUUAAAUGGUGUAGAUGCCAACUCCAAUUCUGAUGCUGAUGAAGUUGUGAGAUUAUUAGGACAAAUUCGUGAACUAAAACAUCAGCGGGCCAAGGAACAACGAAAAGCAGCAGAGUUGGAAGAACAACUUGCGGCUAUCGUGCAGGAAAACAUGACCUUGGAGGAAAAGUUGAAUAUCAUGCAACAGAAGGAAGAUGACAUGAAAUGUUUGCAGGAGGAAAUGUUGACUCUAGAAGAAGUGAGACAAGGACAACUAUGUAGGCGGUGCCUGAGGGCAAUUGAUACAAGAGGACAGGAUGAAUUGUCACUUGUAAUGGAUCGUGAAGAUGAUGAUAUCAGUGUUGUUAACUCCGUUACAAGUGAAACUCAUUGCAGUACUGUAAUGAUGCAAAUUCAGAACAUUGAAGAACACCAUGACAAUCCAUAUCGUAUAUUGGUGGAGAAAUAUGAAGCAUUACUCGAAAUGCAAAGGCAUCCAGUGAGCCGCCAGCAUUCUGCAGCAACGAGCAACAACUGUCUUUCCUUGCAAGAAGAGCUUCAGCUCUCUGGUGAUUUCGGUAGUUUUACUGGAAAAGAAGAUCCAGAAAGUGAACCAGAACCUGAACCAAGUGAGACUUGCAAAACCAACAAAAAUCGUAAAGACAUUAAAUCCAGUGCAGGCAAUGGAGAAAAGGCCUUUUCGUCAACUACACCAACUGACUUUUCUGAAGCUGAGACUUCCUCUUCUGGCUUCUCCGAUGAAACAUCUAACAAGGGCACACAAACUGAAGGCCACCUUCUUCCUCCUGGAUCAUUUUUAUGCUCUAUUGCGGACGGUGAUGACUGUCGAUUUAGCAUUUAUGAUGAUGCAAGUCCAAUCGAAAGUCGUUUCCGUAAGACCCCAGAGUAUCGCCAAUUGUUCCGGGAAAUUUUUGCGGUUUUAAAGAGGGCGGCUGAAGCUAAAGACGAAGGUGAGCAGCUGCCUCUGUUGGAAGACUCCACCCCAGUAAUUGAGGUUCCAAAAGUACCUCCCGCAACCCCUCUCAAGGAGGAACAGCCAUCUACUUUCACUCCUGAAUCCACUGCUCCAGAAAAGAAAAAGGAAAAUGGCAGGAAGAGCUCUCCAGAGAGCAAAAAGCAAAAAGUGCCACCACAGAGAGCAGCACCCUCAAAACCUAAACCAGAAAUUUCUGAACCUGUUGAAAAGACCAAUGAGCUUCCUGCCAAAAACGAUGCAGUGGAAGAAAGUACCUCUCAAGAGGAAGAAAGAGUUGAGGAAAUUAAAUCAAAACAGGCUCCUAAGAAAGAUUAUCUAGAGUAUCUUUCAGUUGGUAUAGGUGUUAAGAAGAAGUCAAAUAGAGGAAAAAAUUCUCCCAUGAAAAAUCUGAAAGCUUCUGUGCAGGAGAGGGUUCAGCGAUUGGAACAACUCAAUUCUGUAGGAAUUGGAAUGUCUUUCACAAACAAAACCUACAAGAAACGAAGAGAUGGACGUCAUAUGGAUUAUUCUUUCGAUCGGUCCUCAUCACCUUCUCUUUCUGGCCCAAAUGGAUCCUACAGGAAUGAUGAGAAUCAGAGGCAAUCUCCAUAUUCUUGUUCCUCAAAUUAUGAAAAUUCUUGGGAAGUACAAUCUUACCCUAGUGCUGCAUCACAGGAAGUGGCUAAAUUAAAACGGCUUGAAAAAUCUUAUGCUGAAGUUCUGAGAUACGGGCCCCAAAAGACAAAUAGGCCUCACUACAGAAAGUAAUUCAAUCGUACAACCAUGGCCACCAGCAGUGUUCUGUGUCUGCUUCACUUGACUUCUGUGUUCUCAUUGUACAGUGUGAACAGUAACACAAACAAGAUGUGAAUGUUUCCCGUAAUAUUGUAAAGUAUAUGUCGAACGUGUUUGUAGUGUGAAAGUGUGUGGUUGCAAGAUAGUGCCAAGGAGACCCUUCGGUAUCAACCUUGAUAUUCUCAUGUAAAUAACAUACAUAAAAAAAUUCUCGAUCAAAUUACAAUGUCAGUGAUAUUAAAGGGUCAAUCGUGGAUUAAAUUUAAUCUUCGGUAUAUUAUUAAAUGUGUUAAAUAACCUGAUGUUCAGUGAUUGUUUAAUUCUGCACGUCCUUCUGCACUUCUGUCACUGUUAACGUGCUCCAUGCAGUGCCUACCUGAAAAUAAGAAGUUUUAAAUGUAACCUCGAUGUCUCUAAGGAACAAAUGAGACAAAUCACUCAUAUAAUUGCCACAAAAUGGAUUGUCCUCCCUCAAAAUUUACAAUAUAUGAAAUAUGUUCAUCUGACAGAUGCAUGGUAAAAGCAUUGAUAUUAUAUAGUCAAUGAAAAAAUUGUUUCUUGUAUUGGAGAAAUUUGUUAAUGGUAUCAAUAUCAAUACCAGUAUUAAUCAUUUUAGAAUUUGUAUAUAGUGAGGACCCUGAAUCUGACAGUUCAAAUGUAGAUGAAGUUGCCAAAUGGGGAUAUAAUUUUUCAGAUAUUCCUUUUUUGGUGAGGAAUCAAAUGCUCUUAGGUCAUUUCAAUAAAUUUGCUUUUUCAAUACAUUUACUAUCUGAAAAGUAAAGAAUUAAAAUUGGUAUAGACAACAGCUAUGGUACUGAACUUCCGUAUUUGAGUAGCAUAAAUGAUUAAUUAUGAUAAAUUUAAAAUGUUCAUGUCUUGUAAUAAUUCAGUUUUAAAAUCAUAUAUUAGAAUUUUACAAAUGAAGCAUUUAGGUCACCAAGUAUAAUCACUGUAUCUUAGUAAUUUACAGAAUAUCUUUGUAUCUCAUUGCUAUAUGUUACACGUUGACUCUUACAUUCUAUUCUGCUCAGAUUGGAAAUUUAAGACAACAUGCUCUCAACUUGACUCAUUGAAAUCAUGUAUAUAAAUCACAAUGUAUUUAAAACAGUGCAAAGAAAAUAUUAGAAAUCUUAAAUUGCAUUUUAGUUGUUGCACCCUUUUCAUUUAUAUUGUUAUAUUGAUAGCCCUAACAAAAUUCCUAGAUACACCAUCUAUUAGAAUUCUUUAUCUUCUGUUUGUUUUUACUCAAUUUCUGGUUGAAUUCAGUUUCUCAUCCAAGCUGUCGAAGUUUUUGACCUUUCAAAUUUUCAAUUUUCAUGGGAAAUAGUUCAUUUUCCUCCCUUCAGUUAGUAAGGGUAGUUUUUGAUAAUUCUUUUCUUUGACUUAACAUUUCUGAACAAGCUUUGAUUAACUAAUUGCUUCUUUUCAGGUAACACAAAAUUUUGUACCUUAAUUUUAAAAUUUUUUUAAAUGUUAAUUUUCUUCUUUAAAGCUUUAUUUUUAAAAAAAUGUAAAGUUGUGAUUUUUUUAAAAAGAUUUAUCAUUUUAAGAAUGAAAAAACAGUAUUAUUUAUUGCUAUAAUGUCAUAAUAAGAUUCAGAGCAUUAUAACCUAAUUUGUUGGCCCCAUAGAUUGCAUAAGAACAUUCAAAACUUUCAUUCAAACACUAAGAUUCAAUUCUGUAGAAUAUUAAAAUGAUUUGAAUAUAAUAAGAAAUACCAAUUACAGCUAAACCUUAUUACAUGGUAAGCAGAGUUGGCAACUUCCCCCCCCCCC